CCCGCGAUUUAGGAAAAUCAAAUCAAUCUGAUUAAAACAAUCCGAUUAAACGAUCCAACGACUAUUGCCGAUUAACGAUUAACAAUUCAACUAUCGGUUAACAACAAUUCACCAAAUCAAUACCCCCCGAUAUCUAAAGCACGCGACUAUACUUCCCCCCUACUCUUCAACCCCCACCAUGUAUUCUCGUUACCUGGUCUGAUCAUAUCUCAUAUCUCCGAAUACUCCAAAUCGCCCAAAUCGUCCAAACCGCACGAGUCGAGUCGGCCUUUUACCUUAUUCUGCUAAUGACACCGGACUUAUCUAGCGUCAAGAAGCUCGACCUCAUAGACGUACAUACAAUAGUUCCGAUACAUCACUCUAGCUCCCGUUCUUCCGCUCUGGUUUCAUCCAAGAUCGACGCUCUCCACAUGACAGAUUACAGAUUAAGGGUGUCAUAAAAGAAGGAUCCCCCAAAAACGCGCACCUCGACUUUCGCGCCGCUGCACGGGAAACUCUCGGCAGGCUAUAGCAUGGUAUGGUCCUUGCCUAAAAUACUAGACGAAGCUUUCCCCUCAAUUUAGAGAGGCUCAACGUGACCUCCAUCCAAUAUCUGCCGUCAAAGAAGGGGGGGAAACGGAGUGAAUAACUUGAGAUCUGAAACCGGGCACUGCAAAGAAGUAAGCAUAUUAAGGCCUUGAAGCCAGGGCUCACACAGUAGCCAUGAGGCGGAAUCGAGUCCCGCACUCUCCGCCUUCGCCCUAUAGGGCCCUGGCCCAUCACCCGGCUAAUGGCCAGCCUCCCGAUUCCGCUUCCUUGAUUCGGUCAUUCAAUAGCGAGACGAACCCGACCCGGCCGAUACGCCCCUCCCCACUCACGGCCUCGACCAUUCCUGACAUGCCGCUUGAUCUGCUUGACCGUAUGAGGUCUUUCCCACUCUUCAUGUCAGCCCCCGAGGAGUUUCUGGUCGCUAUCGGAAAGCAUUUAAGACCCCAAGUACACGCCGCACACGACCAUAUCUUGACCGAAGGCGACGAGGCAAAAGCUAUGUAUUGGUUGGUUAGAGGUGUCGUCGGUGUAACGUCGCGUGACGGUGAGGCUGUAUACGCUGAACUGAAACCUGGCGCUUUCUUUGGCGAGAUAGGUGUCCUCAUGGAUAUGCCUCGAACCGCGACUAUUAUCGCGCGUACGAAAUGUCUUCUACUUGUCCUUAAGAAGGAGGAUCUCCACUUGGAGCUACCUAAGUUCCCCGAUAUGGAGAAAGCGAUUAGAGAAGAGGCACACGAACGAUUGACCAUCCUAAACAAGAAACGCCAGGAAAGCGGACGAAGUCUCAAGGUUGCCGUCGCCAAGGGCUUAAUCGCAGCUAGAGAUGCUGCUCCUGGUAAAGUUUUCAUGGGAGAGAUUGGUAUCAUUAAGGAAGGGACUGCAGUCAAUAGCAAGAAGAGAAAAUCGCCGAGUCCAGGUGCUAUCGAAGAUGCGGCAGCAGGAAGCGCGUUGGGAAGCGGCCUCGUCAAUGUACGGCAGACGCUUAAAGAGCUCCCGUUAUUCUCGACCCUACCUCCCGAUAUCCUCCAUUUCCUCGGAAUGAGCGCACAGCCGAAGACUUACUCGCCUUUUACGGACAUCAUCAAGCAAGGAUCGGCUGGAAACGAGAUUUUCUUUAUCGUGCGAGGCGAGGCGGAGGUAAUUCACGAUGUUCCUGGUGGGAAGCAAGAGAAAAGAAUAACAAGAUCAUCCCUAAUCAGACCACGUCUAAGACAAGGUCAGUAUUUUGGAGAGGUUGCCAGCUUAGGCUUGUCGGUUCGACGUACCGCGACUGUUAGAUCCAUCACAUCCGUCGAAUGUCUUAUGAUCAGUGGAGAGGCUCUGGAGGAACUGUGGAAGCGAUGUCCCCCGGAUAUCAAGAAACAGGUCGAAGACACGGCAAAGACGCGGAUCGGACAGAAAGAUGACGAUGUUGAGAUGAAGGAUGCAGAGCCUACGGGAAACCAUGUCGCAUCACCCUCGACACCUACAGGAACAGGACCAACACCCAAGGUCACGUUCACUACUCCUUCUAAACCAGCUUCACCAGUCAAGGAUGAAUCCGAUCAGAUGGAACCUAAGGAUCCAGAUCCAUAUCUUAGUGUCGAUAUGGAGAAUCUAAGGAAUCGCCGACGUGGAUCUCUCGCUCCGCCCACACCACCACCUACAGACUCUCCUGGUACACCUAUCACCAAUGGUCUGCGCCUACGCAUGAUUGAUACUUCUACUCCUGCCAGAUUCCCAAUCGUAUCAAUAUCUCCGGAUUCAGAAGUCCCAGCCAAAAAGGCUAAGAUAAUACCCACUAGGCCUCAUCCUAGUCAGGAAUCUCUUUUCCCUGAUGAUAUUCUAGUCAUCAUAUUCCAGUACCUCGACUUAGCUGAACUAAUUCGUCUACGACUUCUUUCUUCUCAUAUCCGCAAACUCCUAACGACGUCACCCAAACUAUGUACUCACGUCGAUCUCACGCCGUACAACCGCUUCAUAACAGACGAUACGCUAGUCAACGUUAUCGCGCCAUUCCUCGGACCGCGACCGAUCUCAAUGGAUCUCAGCAAUUGCUUCCACAUCACCGACGAAGGCUUCUCAGCGCUAUGGAAGAUUUGCGGCAGGAACAUCAAGACAUGGCGAAUGAAGUCGGUAUGGGACGUAUCGGCCAAUCAGAUCCUAGACAUGAGCGACAACGCUAAGGGACUGGAGGAAGUAGAUUGGAGUAAUUGCCGUAAGGUAGGCGAUAACCUCCUUGCUCGAGUCGUCGGCUGGGUCGUUCCCGAUCAUCCCCCUCCGAACGCGAAGCAGAUAAUGAUAGCAAACUCCACCGCCGCCGCCCGUCUCCGAGCCCAGCAGCAACAACAACAGCACCAGCAGGGCCAACAGCAAGGCCAGCAACAGCAGAAUCAACAAGCCCAACAAUCCCACCCCCACCCCGCAAAACCGCAAGCUCAAGCCAUAAUCCUCCCACCGCCAGGCACCAUAAUCGGCUGCCCCAAACUAAAACGCCUCAACCUCUCCUACUGCAAACACAUAACCGACCGGUCAAUGGCACACAUAGCCGCGCACGCCUCCCCACGUCUCGAAUCCCUCUCCCUAACGCGGUGCACAUCCAUAACCGACGCAGGCUUCCAAUCCUGGGCGCCGUUCCGCUUCUCGCAACUAACCUACCUCUGUCUCGCGGACUGCACGUACCUCUCUGACAACGCCAUCGUCGCGCUCGUGCACGCCGCGAAAUCGCUUACCCACCUCGACUUAUCCUUCUGCUGCGCGCUCUCCGACACCGCGACCGAAGUCGUGGCGUUAGGGCUACCAAGGCUUCGGGAGUUAAGAAUGGCGUUUUGCGGAAGCGCGGUGAGUGAUAAUAGUCUGGCGUGCGUGGCGCUGCAUCUUAAUGAUCUGGAGAGGCUGAGCGUGAGGGGGUGUGUGAGGGUUACUGCGAACGGGGUCGAGAGCGUGCUGGAGGGGUGUGCGGGGCUGGUUUGGGCCGAUGUGAGUCAGUGUCGGAAUUUGGAGGCUUGGAUUCAGGGGGGUGGGGUGAGGAGGUGGGGGUUUGAUGAGCGUGGGGAGGGCAGUGAUGGGAGUGGUAUUGGGAGCCCCGUGGAGAGUUUGGGGGGGAGGGGGGAGGCGUUGUCACCGGGACGCACGAGUGUGGUUUCCCCUAGGAGUAAUAGCUCGAGGAGCUUGGGGAGUCGUGGCAGGCCUGCUGUUGCGUUUGUGGUUGAGAAGGGGGCUGGUGGGUUGCGGUGAGGGGGACGCGGUAUCUAUGUGAAGGUACUGAGGUUGGAGGGAGGAAGAAAGGUCUGCGCGUUUUACGAUUAACGACGGCCUGGUGAUUUCGCUGUUUGCUUGCAUACACAAACGGACGGAUUGGUGGCUCCUCUGAUCAACCGCGUUGAGUCGUUCUGUGAUAUACCCGAUACUCGUCACUUUCACGCAUGGUGGAGUUGUGUGUGUUAUACUUCGUUUACGUACCGCUUGGGAUAGGGGAUAUUGGCCCUUUGAUGCGUACUCGGGUUCGCUUGUGUAGCUUCAGUAUAUGAGCUGGAAAUACGAGUGUGUAUUUCAGUGUUGAUGUGUUUUGAUGAUUGUGAUUUGGGUGGCUAUGGCAUGCUGCUAUUCUGCGUCUACAGACUCAUCAACAAGCCAGAGCCUCCUAUUAUCAGUAAAUCAGGUCUAGGAAGCCACACGUUAACGCCGAAAUUUAGGAAUAGUGGCUCAUUCCGCAGAGCUCGCGGAUCUUGAGAUAUAAAUCUGUUAACCGCAU